UAUUUAGCUUUAGUUUUAGUCUAUGACUUGUGCUUGGAGAACGCGCUAAAAUAUGUGGCUUUUAGUUGCUUUGGUGUUAGUCUUGUUGUAUUAUUUGAUUAGAAGGCAUUAUAGUUAUUGGAAAAAUCUUGGAGUACCUGGUCCUAAGCCUUGGCCGCUAUUUGGAAAUUAUGCGGAUAAUUUCUUUGGUAAAAGAACAGCCAGGCAAAUUGCUACAGAAAUUUACAGAGAUUAUGAAGGUUAUCCAUUCGUGGGGAUCUACAAAGCUACGACCCCUGCAUUAAUGAUUCGAGAUCCUGAGUUGUUGAGGAAUAUUCUCGUUAAGGAUUUCAAACAUUUUACUGACAAUGAUUUCGAAGUCGAUAAAGAAAUCGAUCCUGUAUUCGGACGAAAUCCGUUUGUUUUGAAAGGGCAAGAAUGGAAGCAUAAACGAGCUCAGCUGACACCAUGUUUUACAUCAGGAAAGAUGAAGGGAAUGUACAUUUUCUUGGACACGAAUGCUCAACGAAUGAUCCGGUAUAUAGAGGAAGAAACGAAAAUGUCCACAUCUAUGGAAGCUAGAGAAUUAUGCAUUAGAUUCACAUUGGAUAACGUAGCAGCUUGCGCUUUCGGUUUAGAAGGAAAAUGUUUCGAUGAAACCAACCCAGAAUUUAGAAUAUUGGCACAUAAGCUAAUUUCUCCAGAGGGCCUAGGAAAAAUAACUUCCCUUAUAAUGAUAUUGUGUCCAUGGGUGGCUUCAUUUUUAAAAAUUAAACUUGUUGAUAAGGACACUGAGCAACGUUUAAUCGACAUAGUUUCAUCAACUCUUAAAUAUCGCAAAGAAAAUAAGGUCGUUAGAAAUGAUUUUUUGGAUGUUAUGACAGAAAUUUCAACUGAAAAUGGAUUAUUUAGUGAAAUCGAUGUAGUUGCUAAUUCCGCUAGCUUCUUUGGGGAUGGUUACGAAACUAGUUCAAGAGUCAUGAGUUUCGUACUUUUUGAAAUCGCCCAAAAUUCCGGCGCCCAAGGAAGGUUAAGGGAAGAAAUUAACGAAGUUUUAUCUAAAAAUGGAAAUAAAUUUACGUACGAAGUAAUUUCUAAUAUGCCUUAUUUAGAAGCCUGUUUAAAUGAAACAUUACGAAAAAUUAGCAUAAUCGAUUUGGUUAAGAUUUGUACAGAGGAUUAUACGUACGAAUCAACUGCACCAGGUUUUAAGCCCCUUAAGAUUAACAUUAAAGCGGGUACAUCAAUUCUUUUGCCAGUUGAUGGGCUUCAUAGAGAUCCCGUUUAUUUUCCGGACCCGGACAAGUUUCUUCCAGAAAGAUUUUUAGACAAACAGGACGAAGGUUUCAAAAAGCAUCUUUAUAUUCCUUUCGGUGAUGGUCCAAGAAUUUGCUUAGGCCAACGUUUUGGAAUUCUUCAGAUUAAAGUUGGAGUUGCGUAUAUAAUUAAGCAUUAUCAAUUGUCUGUUAAUUCUAAAACCCAACUUCCUUUAAAGUUCAAUCCAUAUUACAUGAUGCCUGACGCAAUUGGAGGACUGUGGAUUGAUAUUACUAAAGUUAAUUAACUUGUUUAAGUUAUAACUUGAUAGGUGCCAUAGAUAUUAAAUAUUGCAUGUAAAACAUUUAAAUUUGCCUUAUUUUUUAGGCAAUAUUAAUAUUAAUUGAUAACCAUAUUAAUAAUACUUAUUUACAUAAUUUAUAAAAUAAUAUUAUUUAGCUGA